CUCACAACGUAAUCAUUUAAUUAAUGCCUUGAAAUCUCUAGCUAAUCAGUCCCCAGCCACAUCCGCUUCGUCGUCGUCCUCGGACCAACUGGACGAUUUCUAAGCCAGGGCAAACUCGGUCUUCUUGUUGUCCCGAGCAUCAAGCAUUGUCAGCAUAACCAUUUUGGGAUGAAUUGCAAUAAGUAUGAUUGGAGCGGCAUUACUGACGUAGCCGAGAGAAAGAGGAGGCAGAAUCGACUAAGACAGAGAGCAUGGCGUAAGUUGGACUCUUCAGCGAUAGAGUGAAACAUUGGGACCCUUCUGAUGGACCUUUAGGCGAUAGAAAACGAGCUAUUGACCGUUUAAACGCCCCUGCAGACUGGAAGAGUCAGAAAUGGGAAGGCUAUGGGAUGCUGGUUAGUUUGAAGCCAGAUCAAUCAAGUCAUCCCAGCUCUUCUUCGAAUCAUCCACAGAGGGUUGAGGUAAUGAGCCCAAGACACCACGAUCUACCCUCAUUGGAUACUGGGGAACUUAUACCGCCACUGCUACCUUAUUCGACACUCAAUGCACCAGGAGAAUCACCUCACCCAAUUGUAUUUCCACUUUCGGCAGACCACUGCCUCAUCACACUUGUUCAGUACAAUGUUGUCCAAGCCAUCAUACAAAACAUGAGCAUUCUUUCAACCUUACACCAUCUCCCGCCAGGUUGCCAAAACGCGUUCGGCGUUUCCAAAAUCAAUUUUGUGGCACAGCACCGAAUUCCAGAGGAUCUCCAACCAACGCACAUACAGCGCGUAGUAUCCGCUCCUUUCUGGAUCAAUGCUAUCCCAUUCCCAGGCCUCCGUGAUAAUCUCAUUCUUAUGGCCGAUAGAUAUAAUCCUCGUGAGCUUCUCCUUGACCUGGGGCUGAGGGUGUAUGAGGGCUUUGAUGAUACUGAACGAUGUGGCUUCUUGGUAUGGGAUAGUCCAUGGAGUGGACAUGGAUGGGAAGUAAGUGAGGGAUUUGUGAGAAAAUGGGGUUUCUUGCUGAAGGGGUGUGAAACGGUACUUGAGUCAACGAACCGCUGGAGACAGAUGCGUGGAGAGGAUAAACUAGUUAUCAACCUUGAAUGAGGUAAUAUUCUACUCAAGUAUUCUUGAUCAAAACGCGCCGCGUUUCGUCUUUUGGGCCAAUCAGAGCCUUUAGAUUUCUACUCCC